AUGAACCGAAGCGAGCUUUUGCGGGAGCUGCAGCGGCGGGAGGAGGAGGCCGCGCGGGAGCAGCUGCUGCUGCUGCGACGAAUGCGCGAGGCGGAGAGGGAAAGGGCGCAGGGGGGCGGGGGAAUGGGGAGGGGGGAAGUGGGGGGAAACGGGAGACGGGAGGCGCGGCAGGAGCUGCAGGACGGGCGGCAGCAGCAGCUGGCGCAAGAGCGGCAGGCGCAGGGGCAAGAAGCGGAGCAGGUGUACUACGACUUCAGUCGCAUACGUCCUCGCGAACCGUCGCCUCCUAGGUUACCCAGAGACGCGCUCCCGUGGGUGCUGCUAGCCGGGGGCGCUGUGGCGGCAGCAGCGGUGGUGCACCACAAGCGGCGGUGCCACCGAAGCAGGCAGCAGCACGCCGCCGCGGAGUCAGUAGUCGGCUCCUCAGGCCCCCCUCUUGGCGCGUGCUCCGCCCCCCUAUUCUCCCCCCAUGGCCCCCCAUUCUCCCCGCACGCCUUGCACUCCCCGCUCGCCCCGUACUCCGCCGUCCCCCCGUCCGCCUUCCCCCAUGGCUCUCCACCAAGGCCCUCCCAGCGGUCGCCCCUGGCGUCCGCGCCCUACUCCUCCGCCUCUUCCGCCCGUUCCCUCGCCUCCUGCCCUGGCGCGUCCCCCCGUUAUAAGCACGUCGCGCCCUCCUCCUGCAAUCACGGCGCGCGCUCAUGCACCAGCGGCCCCCUCGUUAGAGGAACGCCCGGUAUGGGCGCGCCUGUGGCGGAAUCUUCCCCGCAGAAGGAGCUAUCAGGGGCGCUGUCGGGCCUGUACGCGGACCAUCUCCGCCCCCACGCCCUCUCCCCCGCCCACGCGCUCAGCACAGGGCCCGGGCGCGCAGCAGCCAUCAGCGCAGCAGGCGGGUGGGGAGGAGGCGGGGGAGGGGGAGGGAGAGCGGGAGGAGGCGCGGGGAGAGGAGAAGCGGGGAAUGGGGAGGGGGGAGGCGCAGGGAGUGAGGGAUCCCCGCUGCCAGGCGGGCUGGCAAGCUGGCUGCGGGAGGAGAGGGAGAGGGGGCAGGGCGGGCGAGAGGGGAUGGAGCGGAGGGAGGGGCGAAGGUUGGCGGAUGCGGGUGGGCAGCAGCACGUGGACAUGGAUGGGCGGAUGGAUCGAGAGGCCGUGCAGUCAGGUCCUUCUCAGGGGAAAGAUGGAGGUGAGAGGCACACAUGGGGUGGGAGAGAGGAAUGCGUUUUGACUGGACUCAAAACACACUCGGAUGCGGGUGGGCAGCAGCACGUGGACAUGGAUGGGCGGAUGGGUCGAGGGGCAGUGGAGCCAGCUUCUUCUCAGGGGAGAGAUGGAGCUCCCUCCCCUUUUCCUGCAUCUCAAUUUCCCCUGGCAUCUCCUCCUCCCUCUACCCCCCCGCCUCCUGCUGGAUCGCCCACUGCACUCGCGCCCGCUCCACCAGACGCCGCCGCUGCUGCAGCUGGUGGUGUUGAUGGUCUAGCUGAUGGCUCAAGGCAGGAAGGUGCUGUGGUGAAUGGAGAGGUGUUGAACAAGGCUCUAAAGGCGGGCGGCCUGCCGGCUCUCCAUGGGCUCUCGCUCUGCUCGUCCUCGUCAGUGUCUUCUGCUCUGCUGCCUGCUGCCCCUGCUGUAGAGGCAGGGGGAGGAGGAGGAAGAGGUGGAGAGGGAGGAGGAGCUGAGAGGGCAGCGAGGGAGGAAGCCGAGACACGGGCGAGGCAGCUGAAAGCUGAGCUGGAAAGACUGGCUGCUGAGCUGGCAUUGAAAGAGGCAGGCGCAGCGGAGCAAAGGGAAACGGAGAGGAGGGAGAUGAGGGUGGGGGAUAAUGAGGGAGGAAAGGAGGAGCGUGGGCUUGUGUGUGGGAAGGAGGCAGGGAGAGCAGGGGCUGGGGAGGAUGUGGGCUCAAAUGUUGUGUGUAGCUCUGGAUUCGAGAGUGACUGUAACGAAGGGGGUGGUAAAGAGGUGGAGAAAAAUGAGGAGGACAGCGAAGGUAGGAGAGAGGGAAAAUGGGAGGAGGGGGAGGAGGUGGAAAGGGAUGGUGAUGGUGAUGGUGAUGGUGAUGGUGAUGGUGAUGGUGAUGGUGAUGGUGAUGGUGAUGGUGACGGUGGGAAUGACGGUGCGAGUGAUGGUGGGAGUGAUAUUGGGAGCGAUGCUGCGGGGAUGAUAGCAGAGGCAGUGGCGGCAGUAAUGGAGGAGGCGAGGGAGGAGAUGGAGCAGGUGAAGGCUGCUGCCCGCGCUGCUGCUGACGAGGCUUAUGCUAAAGGGAGGGCGGAGGGGAGGAAGGAGGGGAGGGAGGAGGCGUGGAGGGAAGGGAUGGAGGAUGUGGGAUUGGAUGGGAGGAUCGCGGGGAGGAAGGAAGGGAGAGGGGAGGGGAAAGAGGAAGGGAGGAAGGAGGGGAGAGAGGAAGGGAGGAGGGAAGGGAAAGAGGAGGGGAGGAGGGAAGGGAGAGAGGAGGGGAGGGCAGAAGCGGUGCAGAUCGCACAGGGGGAGCUGGAGGAAGCUGCAAGGAAGGUGCGGGAGCUGGAAGAGCGAGUGGCUAGAGCUGAAGACAUGGUCCUGAUGAACAGUAAAGAGUGCAGCACUGGGGCUCCUCAGGAGGGCACAAUCCGCGUUAUAAACAGUUCCAUGAAUAAUACCAUGGACAGCGCCAUAAACAGUGGAAUAAACGAUACUGUAGACAGUACCACGAGCAAUGCACCAAACGGUACAACUCCUGCUGUGGCUGCCUCUGACGUUGCAGCAGCAGCUAUGGCGAGUCUCAAGUCACUCGAGCAGCAAGUGAGAGAGGGCGAGGAGAGGGAGAGGGCGUGGCAGGGGAGGCUAGAGGCAGCAGAGCAGGCAAGAGACGUGUUGCACGCUCAGGCAGUGGCUGCAGCAGAAGCUGCGACUGCUGCAGCUGAGGCGGUAGCAGCAGCAGCCGAGAGUGAAGCAGCGGCAGGGAGAGAGGCGGUUAGAGAGGUGGAGAGAUUGCUUGGGGAGGAGAGGAGAAGGUGUGAGGGGUUGGGGAGGGAGGUGGAAAGAGAGGGGAGGAGGUGUCGGGAGUUGGAGGGAGUGGUGGAGAGGGAGAGGAGGAGGUGUGAGGAGCUGUGGAGAGAGGUGGAGAGGGGUAGGGAGAGGUGCACGGAGAUUGGGGAGGAGCUGAGGAGGGAGAGGGAGAAGGGGGAGAGAGCGAGGUUGAUCGUGCAGCAAGAGAGGGAGAAGGAGUGGGAGAGGACGGAGAGGCAGGCAGAGGAGGCUGCACUUGUGCUGCAACAAUUUGAGCAGUUGGCUGCUGCUGUGGUUGAUGCUGUAGUGAGUAGGGUGACUUCUGAGUCGAGUCAGGAGGCUGGUCUUGCGCUGCAGCAGUUUGAAAGUUUGGCUGGUGCUGUGAUGGAUAUUGUGGUGACUAGGGUGACUUCUGAAUCGACUCAAGAGGCUGGUCUAGUGCUGCAGCAGUUCGAGCAUAUGGCUGCUGCUGUGGUUGAUACGGUGGCGGCUGGGGGUAGAGAGAAGGACGGUGAGGUAGAGAGGGGUCUGCAGCAGGUGAACCGGGAGAGGGGAGAGGGGGAGACGGAAGGAAGCAAGCCGGAAGAGAGGAGGGGUGUGAGGGAGAGUGAGGAGCUCAAGUCACGUGUGAAGGAGCUUGAGGCCAAGAUUCAGGAAGCUUCUGAGAAGGAGAGGUAUACAAUGGAGAUUGCAGCAGUUGCCUUGGCGUCAGCUGUGGGUGAGGCGGUUAGGAAGGCGGUGAAAGCACAGGCUGAGAAGGAAGCUGUCGCUUCUGAGAAGGAGAGGUAUGCGAUGGAGAUUGCAUCGAUUGCCUUGGAGUCAGUGGUGUGUGAGGCGGUAGCACAGGCAGUAGCACGGGCUGAGAAGAAAGAAGCGGAAGCUUCUGAGAAAGAGAGGUAUACGAUAGAAAUCGCAGCAGCUGCCUUGGAGUCAGCGGUGGGUGAGGCAAUAAAAAUAGCACAGGCUGAGAAGGAUGCGGAAGCUUCUGAAAAAGAGAGGUAUACAAUGGAGAUUGCAUCGAUUGCCUUGGAGUCAGUGGUGUGUGAGGCGGCUAGAAAGGCAGCAGUAGCACGGACUGAGAAGGACGCAGAAUUUUCUGAGAAAGAGAGGUAUACGAUGGAGAUUGCAUCGAUUGCCUUGGAGUCAGCAGUGGGUAAAGCAGUAACACUAGCACAGGCUGAGAAGGAAGCAGAAGCUUCUGAGAAAGAGAGGUUUAUGAUGGAAAUAGUGGGGAUUGCGCUGGAAGGGGUAGAAGAGGCGGUAGUAAGUCAGGCCGUUGCCAAGGCAGAGGCUCGGAUGCACAAGGCUGAGAAACAGGUUCGGGAGAAGGUACGGGAGGAGGUCUGGGAGCAGGUUCGAGAGGAAGUUCGGGAAAAUGUUUGGGAGGAGGUUUGGCCCGAAGCUGAGCAGAAGGCUCGGGAGAAGCUGAAUGCUGCGCGGGCAGCUGUUGCCAAAGCCGAGGCUGCUGUGGAGGCUCGGAGUGCUGCUGUGGUGGAGGAGGGGCGAGUGAGGAUGGAGGAGAGGGUAAGACGGGAGGAGGGGCUGAGGGAAAGGGAGGAGAGAGUGAGGGAGGGAGAGGAGAAGUUGGAUGAAGAUGUUUGGCUCUUAGAGGAGGCUCUUAGGCGGCGGGACGAGCAACUGCUGCUCUUAGCUAAGAGGGAGGAGGAGGUAGGGAAAAAGGAGGAGGAAAUAGUGCAGAGAGAGGAGGAGGUGAGGAAGGGAGGGGAGGUGGAAAGGGAAGGAGAUAUGGGGGAUGGGGGAAUUGAGGCAGCUGCAGAGCAGGCUGCUGCCACGGCUGUAGCGGCAUCUGUAGCAGCAAAGGGAUCGGCGACUGCAGCUGUAGCAGCGAAGAAAUCUGUAUCAGGCUGUGCAAAGGAUGAAGGGGGAGUGGGGCUGGAGGAAAGGAAAUGGAUGGAGGAUGGGGAAGGACCUGAGGAUGAUGGAGAGGGGGAGACGGAGGAGGCAGAGGGGGAGGAGGAGGUGGAAGGGGAGGGGGAGGGGGAGGGGGAUGACGUGGAAGGGGAAGGGGAUGACAUGGAUGGGGAGGGGGAUGACGUGGAUGGGGAGGGGGAUGACAUGGAUGGGGAGGGGGAUGACGUGGACAGCAUGCUGGAGGAGCUCUUGGGAUUGGCCGAGAGUGGAGGGGCGGAUGGGGAGGCGGAUAGCAGGCAGAGCAAGUAUGUGGCAUGGAACGGUGGUGGCAAGGCUGCUGGCUGCUGGAGGCACGGCAUGGUGAAUGGUUCGGUUAGUGAUGGUAGAGGUACCGUGGAUGGCUGUGGUGCUGAUGAUGGUGCUGCUGCCUGUGUGAGUCGUGAUCUUAAUGGUGAUGACAAUAGUGAAGAGGAUAGUGGUGGCAUUGCUAGUAGUGAUGGCAGUGGUAGUGACAAUGAUGUGAGUCAUAAUGACGAGGAGGAGGACGAGGAUGAGGAGGAAGAUGAGGAGGAAGAGGAGGAGGAAGGUGCAAGGAAGCAGGUGGAGAGGAGCAUUUUUGCAGCUUUGGAGGAGAUGAAGCAGUGGAGUGCGGGUGUUGCGCUUUUCUCUUUCCCAUCCCAUCACCCCCUUCCCUCAUUCCCGUCCCACCGUCUCCUUCCCCCUUUCCCAUCCCAUCACCCUCUUCCCUCUUUCCCAUCCCACACCCCCAUUCCUCUUUCCCAUCCCAUCAACCCCUUCCCUCUUUCCCAUCCCAUCACCCCCUUCCCUUCCAUCAUCCCCCUUCCGUCUUUCCCGUCCCAUCAACCCCUUCCCUCUUUCUCCCAUCACCCCCUUCCCUCUUUCUCCCAUCACCCCCUUCCCUCUUUCCCAUCCCAUCACCCCCUUCCCUUCCAUCAUCCCCCUUCCGUCUUUCCCGUCCCAUCAACCCCUUCCCUCUUUCUCCCAUCACCCCCUUCCCUCUUUCUCCCAUUACCCCCUUCCCUCUUUCCCAUCCCAUCAACCCCUUCCCUCUUUCCCAUCCCAUUACCCCCUUCCCUCUUUCCCAUCCAAUUAGCCCCUUCCCUCUUUCUCCCAUCACCCCCUUCCCUCUUUCCCAACCCAUCAUCAGGGUCGUCCCUAGGGUCUGAGCCUACCCCCGAUUCCACCCAGCCAGCAGCAGAGGCGGACAUGCCUGUCUGA